CACACUUUCUUCCACACACACAGACUCGAAGCGACAGCAUGUUGGUGAACAGGGUCUGGCAUGUGGUGUGUGUACUCUGCUGUGUGUGUGUGUCGGUGUGUGUGAACACAGAGGAAUAUGAAGUGAACUACACAGACAACUACGAAAACGAGAUUACACAGGACCAACAGGACGGGGACUCCCCUGUGACUACCUGCCAGGCUACAGAGCUCUCUCGCUGGAACAAACUCUUCGUGGCUCUGGAGAACUCCCACCAGAGGGAMAUGAUGCUGAUGGAAGCCCUGGAGCAACGCUGUGGAGCCCCGGGAGUCUGCCAGCAGUGCCUGCCCGCCAUCGAGGCAGUUUGCCGGGGGCAGGCAGAGCAGGCGAGCUCCAGGCUCCAUCGAGGCCUAGUGGAGCUGAAGGAGGAGGUAACAGAACGAGAGGGGAGGAUGAAUUCUUCACUACAGCAGAUCAGACAGGAGGGAGCAGAAAGUUAUGGGAGGAUGAUGGCUGUGUUACAUCAUCUCCUUCAGAACAGCAAAGAGCAGAACCAUAGACUACAUCGAUUGGAGGAGAGUAAGCUGAGAGGGGAGGUAACAGAAGGGGCUGGAUCUAUAGGAGCCGGGCAUAGAGAAGCAGAGCCAAUCAGGACAGGGCAUAAAGAGAAUGGGUUUAGGGGAGGGGCUUAGUGGGAGAGGUGGACCAAUAGGGACGAAGCCUGGCAGUAUAGAGGCGGGUCUCGGACUUGGUUUGGGCAUGAAGCUGUUCUCGUUAAGCACAAAGAAACAGGAAGUGACAUCAUCGCCAUCAUCGGACCCGGGAAAGAUUGAGCGGCRUCUGGUUGCUAUAGCGAUGGAAAAGCAGAAGGUGCCGACCCAGCUGGGCCUAAUAUCCUCUGUAGGGAACGAAGGAUAAAAAAGACGAGGAGAAAUUAAAGGGACUGAAUUAAAACUAAAAUAUAAACUUAUUGAAAUUUUGCACACUAACAUAUCACCUUUUUAUACAUUAGUAAAGCAAAACAAUCGCCUUGAAAUAUGUUUAGUAUUCUUUUUAAUUCUGUAUAAUUAAAGGAAAUGCUCUGUGACUCUAAUUGUCUAAGUGAAAUAA